AUGAUUAUUAAAUAUAGUAUAAUAUUAAAUAUUUCUGGAAAAGUAUAUAGUAAUAAUAUUAUAAAUAUUGAAAAAAAUGUAAAUGUAAAUAUUAAAACAUUUUACGUUGACUAUCGGUCGAAUAAUCAAUCGAGUUUCUGUGGUGAAUCACCACUUCCAAACCAGUCUUGUCAAUCCAUUCAAAGGGUGCUUGACAUUUAUAAACAAUUUCAUUUCGCGGAUGGAUUGAAAAUUGUUAUGGCAAACGGAACCUAUAAUUCCAGUGGUAAUAGUGAAUUAUCGGUAUUCGAUAUUGAUUUGACAAUUGGAGGUGGUGAGGGUGGACAAAAUAGCGGUGGUGUUGAUGAUGAUUUUGGUGGUCUGAAGUGGGUACAGAUAGAUCUUGGUGGAAAACAAUUUAUAAAUAUGUCUGAGCCAAAGGAUGGGAAACCCGAGGGUAUUUAUACACGACUGACUCUGAACAAUCUUUUGUUCAGAAAUGGUUAUGCUAGCGGAGAGUUUGGUGGCGCUGUUGUGUUGUCCAGUCAUCUCCACUCGAAGAUCUCGCUCACCAUAAACAAUUGUACUUUCAUAAACAAUACCGCAGAGUUUGGGGAACAUUGGGGUGGUGUGAUCACCAUUCGGUCAUCGUCUAUUGUGCCGGUUAACUUUACUCUACGAGGGUGUCUCUUCCAAGAGAACAAUGGAAAUUCUCGCCAGGUUAUAUUUGCCGAUCCGUCCAAUACAGUCAUUGAGAAUUGUAAUUUCUCAAACAACAAAGUAUCUAAUUUCAUUGUAAAUAUUGGCUUUGGAUCUAUUGUUAUAAAGAAAUCUAGAUUCAUUGAUAAUAUCAUAGAGAAAGGUUCCUUUGUUAAGGCAUUUAGUAAUAAUGGCUUCAAACCAGCUGUUAUCAUUGGUUGCAGAUUUAUUAAUAAUUCCGUAAGCAGUCCUGCUCCGUUUAAUGGAAUGUCCACUGUAUUUUACAUAUGGCAAACAUCAUCAGUAUUCACCAACAAUCUAUUCCGGUCAAAUGUUAAUUGUUCUCAAAUACACUUUGACAAUACCAUUGUAAUAUCAACAAGAAUCUACAACUCUACAUUUUCAGAAAACAUUGGUAACUCUGGAGUCGGUAUCUACUCAAGAUACGGAACGUUAUUCAUCGCAAAUUCAACAUUCAAUAACAACACUGGUUACCUAGGAAAUCAUCUCUAUAUCGACGGUGCCAAGAAAGUUAGUAUUCUCAACUCUAGCUUUAGCAAUAGUCCACCAUUAAACUUUGGUGAUGGUCAAUCAAUCUAUUUAUUCUAUGCUAAAAAUGUUAGUAUUACCCAUUCAAGUUUUUCAAAGAAUGGCGAUAUCAAUAUAUAUUGUUACGCUAGUCAUGUAUUCACACAAAACAAUACGAUGGGUGGAGAUUCAAAGUUAGUUAAAUGUGGUGUUAAUUGUCAUGUUCGAGGUCAGCAAGAAGAUUGUUUAAACAAAGCAGAUUCAAGCGAUAAUUAUCCCAAUCCCAACGAUAAACAAUCAACCUAUGGUAUAUUAGUAAUGUCAAUAGUAAUAUUAGUUUCAUUAAUAAUCGUGAUGGUCGUCAUAUAUAUUAGACUUAAAAAAAGAAAUUAUAAUAGACUUAGGACCUAUUUGUUAUCACCAUAUCGAUGUCUUAUUGGAACAUGUCAACAACCGGUGAAACAAGGUGGAAGUUGUGAAUAUACUUUCGAUUGUAAUCAUAUGGAGGGCGAUUACUGUGUUGAGACAGACCCAGGUGUUAAAGUUUGUUUGCCAGCCAACUUUGGUUAUUUCAAUGAAGAGUGCACUCGUCAAUCCUAUUGCAUUUUGGGAUUGGAGUGUAAUACCGACAAUAUCUGUGAUGUAGAUAAUGGAACUUCAUUGUGUGUGCCACAACCCAACUUGAAUCCACAUUUCGGUAUCUGUAAGAUAACAACAGAGGUAAGUGAUCCUUAUAUAACAACAAGAACAACAUGUGAUUUCUUUAAGAAUCAAUAUUGUAUUAUAACAAAUGGAACAUCGUUUGGAAAGUGUACGAAUUCACCAGAACCAACAUAUAGAUUAUGUAACAGGAGAGAGGAGUGUAAUCAUUAUGAAUUCUGUCUAUGUGAUUUUCAAUAA